UCUUUGCAGGGAACGUGAAGGGUCCUGCGUAGUGCGCACGCGCUUCCCUCUCGGAUUAAUGUCAAGGCACAAAAGUGGCGCUACAGCGUUUCGAGCUCUCCUCCGGUGGUUGCCUUAGCGAUGGAUGGGGAGUCAGAGCCAAGCCCUGUUGUGGCAGAGGACGUGGAGGAGAGGGCGGAGCCCCUCGACGCCACUCCUUCCUCCCAGCCGCCAUCCCCACCUCCUGCCGAGGAGUCUGGGGAGCCGGUGUCCAUGGAAACGGGAGACGAAGCCACAAAGGAGGGUGGCACAGAGGACAAUGAGGAUGAUGAUGUUGUUCUCGUAGAGGAGGAGGCUUCCCAGCCGCUUCACGCUGCUGCUGCUGCUGCAACCUCUUCUCCAGACGGACCCAACGCGGAGAGUGCCGAGCAUGCGGGCGCUGCGGCAGAGGACGCAGCAGAAACGCCUUCCAAGAGCCCAAACUCUCCUCCGUCUUCCAACGCAUCCAUGGCGGCGACGACUACGGCGGCAGCGUACCAGAAGCCGCCGACCGCAGCCCCGGAGCCCAUCGUCAUCGACGACGAGGAGGACUGUGAACAGAAAGAAAACUCUUCCCCCUCACCUGCGCUCCCCGGGGAGUCCUCCGCCUCCCACUCGCCCGCCGCGUUCAGCAGCAACGACCCGGACUCGGAGAUAAGGAUCUCCAGCGUCACCACUCUGGGCUCCAGCAACCAGAGGGGCUCGGCGGCCAACACGCCGCCGCAUCCAGAUGAUGCCCAGGCCGACAUCAACCUGAUGAUCACCUCAGUGACGUCCCUCCAAGGCGGAGCGGCGGCAGUUGGAGAGGCGGAUGAAAACGAGACAGAGGAGAACGGUCUGCAGAUCAGCAGUGCCUUCAGUCUGAAUCCUGACACCCCAUCUGCUCGACCAACCGCCUCCUUUAACCCCGGCCGAGGCUCCGCCAGCCAGCUGGUUCAGAACGGAGACACGGGGACGCACAAAGGAGCAGACUCAUGGAUCUCUCAGUCGGCCUCGGUUCCCCGGAACCAGAAGCAAAGUGGGGUGGACUCUCCGUCGCCUAUCACCUCGCUGCCAAAGCCUGCAGGCCAGUCUUCCUCCUCCACCUCAUCCUCAGGCUCCCAGACACAACCCAGGACCGUCAAGGUGACCUGCGCCAACUGCAAAAAGCCUCUGAAGAAAGGCCAGACAGCCUACCAGCGAAAAGGCUCCUCUCACUUGUUCUGCUCCACCACUUGUCUCUCUGCCUUCUCACACAAACCUGCACCCAAGAAGACCUGCACCAUGUGCAAAAAGGACAUCACACACAUUAAGGGCACCAUUGUGGCCCAGGUGGACUCUAGCGAGUCUUUUCAGGAGUUCUGUACGACCGGCUGCUUGGGCGCGUACGAGAACAAGAACAACCCGCCUAAAACAGGCCUGAAAAACAAAUGCACCGUCUGCGGGAAACUCACAGAGAUUCGGCAUGAGGUCAGCUUUAAGAACGUGACCCACAAGAUCUGCAGCGACACAUGUUUCAAUGUUUACCGCAAAGCCAACGGGCUGAUCAUGAACUGCUGCGAGCAGUGUGGCGACUAUCUGCCCAGCCGGGCGUCGGCCAACCACUUCCUGCUGGUCGACGGCCAGCAGAAACGCUUCUGCUGCCAGAACUGCAUCAGGGAUUACAGACAGGCCCACAGUAAACUCGCCAGCUGUAUGACUUGCAAAACACUAAUCAAGACGGGGGAGGUGCUCCAAAGCCUCGGCGCAGGCGGCACCUUGAGCUCCUACUGCUCCGUCAGCUGUAUGAACAAGGGCAAGCUGACGUCGUUCAUCAACAAGGAACCUACAUGUCAUUUCUGUAAAAGAAGCUCUUUGCCGCAGUACCAGGCCACGCUGCCAGAGGGCGACAUCCUCAACUUCUGCAGCUCCCAAUGUGUUGCCAAGUUCCAGAACGCUUCCCUUCCGACAACCACCAACGGUCAGACGCCCCUCAGCAACAGCUCUGUCCAGCUGAAAUGUAAUUACUGCCGAGGAGCGUUCAGCCUGAAGCCCGAAAUUCUGGAGUGGCAGGAUAAGGUCUAUCAGUUCUGCAGUAAGACCUGCUGUGAGGACUACAAGAAGCUCCACUGCAUCGUGACGUUUUGCGAGUACUGCCAAGAAGAGAAGACCCUUCAUGAGAUGGUCAAGUUCUCUGGCGUCAAGAGGCCCUUCUGCAGCGAAGGCUGCAAGCUGCUGUUUAAACAGGAUUUCAUCAGCCGGCUGGGGCUGAAGUGUGUGAGCUGCAACCACUGCAGCCAACUGUGCAAAAGAGGCAUCACCCGGCAGCUCGGCAACAUGACCCGGGACUUCUGCAGCGAGGCCUGUGCCAAAAAGUUCAACGACUGGUACUACAAGGCGGCGCGGUGCGACUGCUGUAAGGUUCAGGGAAACCUGACGGAGUCGGUGAUGUGGAGGUCGGAGAUGAAGCAUUUCUGCGACCAGGAGUGUCUGCUGAGGUUCUACUGCCAGCAGAACGACCCCAUCAUGGUCACGCAGAAGGGACCAGAGAACACCACGCUGGGUCUAGACAUGCACGCCGCAAAAUCUGGGCUGGUGAACCAGAGUCCUGUGGCGUACUCCAGUGGAGGAGUGAUCAGAGAUGUGAAGAAUAAAGCGGUGCUGUGCAAACCGCUCACCCUGACCAAAGCCACCUACUGCAAACCACACAUGCAGAGCAAACAUCUACAGACGGACGUAGAUGACGGCGUGAAGAGGGAGUAUAUCCCCGUACCCAUCCCUGUUCCCGUCUUCAUCCCAAUGCCUAUGAACAUGUACGCCCAGGUCACCCCCACUCCAGUCUCUAUGCCUCUACCGGUUCCUGUGCCUGUGUUUCUGCCCACCACGCUCCAGGGGGCAGAACAGAUUAUCCAUACCAUGAAAGACCUGAAAAGCGAGGCGCCCUCUAGUACCGCAGAGGCAGCUGUGGUCAUCGACGACGACGACGAGAAACCAGAUGUGAAGCCUUUGGCGGUGAAGAGAGAAAGCGUUAAGGAGGAAUCCUCCAGCUGUGACGCCAAAAAAGAGGAGAAGGUAGAAGAGGAGGAAGAGGAGGAGGAUGAAAAGUAUGAGCCCAAUCUGGACCUAGAGGCAGACUUCCCUCAAGCGUCGGAUCCCGUUCCGGUGCUGGAGGGAAUGGACGAGGACAUGAGCUUUUCUCUGCCUCCGGUCCUGGCAGAGGAGAAGGAGGAGCUGCAGGAGUGUGCGCCUCGACCUCGGCCCAGAAGACUGGGGAGUAAAAGGCAGGCCGUGGAGGAUCUGCCUUCGUCCUCUCCGUCACGUCCGAGCAGCAACUUGGAAGGAAGGUCGCUGCCCCUCAAGUCUCGCUACGGCAUCAACGCCUGGAAACGCUGGGCGCUCUCUGACCAAUCAGAAGACACCAAAGAAAAGGAUACCUCCAAACCAACUCGGUCGAAAAGCAACCUGUUGUCGUUGAACGCGGAGGAGCUGAACGCAGCUCUGUCCCGGUUCGUCAGAGAGGCGUGCCGGCCAAACGGGGAGCGCUACUCUCCAGACAGCAUCCUCUACCUCUGUCUGGGAAUUCAGCAGCAUCUUCACGCCAAAGGCCGGAAGGAUGAUCUGUUCAGCGACCCGUGUUACCAGCAGUUUGGAAAGGAGCUCAACAAGGUUCUCAAGGACUGGCAGCCCAGUGUGCUUCCUGAUGGCUCGCUGUGGGGCCGGGUGGAGGAGCAGAGCCUGUGGAGCGGUCGGCACCUCGGGGAGCAGAGUCCGGCUUCCCUGCUCCGCUCGCUGGUCUACCUGAACACCAAAUACUUUGGCCUGCGCACCGUGGAGCAGCACCUGCGCCUCUCCUUCGCCAACGUUUACGGGCCCGACACCAUCCAUCCUGUCAGCAAGGAGCGCAGCGUCUGCAUCCGCGUGCCCUCCAUCUCUCAGGAUCACCACGGUGAAGCACAGACAGAAUCUAGGAGGAGGAAGCGCAAGCAGGCCGAGGUCAAACGGGACGAAAACGAGGCGGGCCACCCGCCUGUCCGCUGCCCGGUAAAGAAGCACGAGUGUCGUCUCUACGAGCUCUACAGAUCCAAGUGUCCGCCGUUGCUAUGGGAGCGCCUCGACGUCUUCUACGUCCAGCCGGACCCGGCCCGCGGCCCCGGCGACCCCGUCUGGUUCAGCUCCACUCCGCUGGAGCGUCAGAUCCUAGAAAGCCUCCUGACCAGAGUCCUCCUGGCCAGAGACAUUUACACAGACAAGCCACUCCGGGAGGAAGAGGAAGACGAGGAGGAGCGCGGCGAAGGAGCCGGAGGAGAGUAGCGCCCGCUUUUGGACUCCCGCUCAGAAACCCGACGAGAGCGUUCGGGCGGUAAUCUAGUCGUGCGUUGUCCCCUUCACCCGUCUCUUAUCCUCGUCUCUUCACCGAUUCCAGUGACUUACUGUUUCCUCCUGGUGAGGGACGGCGAGCAGAGGAAGCUCACAGCGGCCCAGGCUUCUGCCUCAAACAGGAAGUCGGAGGUCGAAGCCUCUGUUUUGUUUUUGUUUUGUUUUGUUGUUUUUUUUGUUUGUUUGUUUUAUUUUUGUUUUAGAGGAAAUGACGGCCACGUAGGUGAACCGAGCGAGUGAAGUGAGCCGAAGCUCGUUCUUACCUUCAAACACCCCAAAAAAAAAAGGUUAAACGGACGGUGUGGAUGUGAA